AAGCCGAGCAGGAAGCCAGCCCGGCGGCCGCGUUUUCCUGGGGAAGCGGCGGGCGGGGUGGCGCAGCCAACAGGGCCCCGGGAGUCGCCGUCGCCACCGUCUCGAUGGGAUGUUGAGAAGUCUCCUCUAGAGCUUUGGAAGGCUGAAUGGAGUAAACAUGAAGAGCUUGAAAGCAAAGUUCAGGAAGAGUGAUAUCAAUGAGUGGAACAAGAACGAUGACCGGCUGCUGCAGGCUGUGGAGAAUGGAGACACGGAGAAGGUGGCCUCGCUGCUGGGCAAGAAGGGGGCCAGCGCCACCAAGCAGGAUAGUGAGGGCAAGACUGCCUUUCAUCUUGCUGCUGCAAAGGGACACGUGGAAUGCCUCAGGGUCAUGGUUACACAUGGUGUGGAUGUGACAGCCCAAGACACUGCUGGACACAGCGCUCUGCACCUCGCAGCCAAGAACAGCCACCAUGAAUGCGUCAGGAAGCUCCUUCAGUCUAAAUGUCCAGCCGAGAGUAUUGAUGGCUCUGGGAAAACAGCUUUACAUUAUGCAGCGGCACAGGGCUGCCUUCAGGCUGUGCAGGUUCUCUGCGAUUACAAAAGCCCCAUAAACCUCAAGGAUUUGGAUGGGAAUGUACCCCUGCUUCUCGCAGUACAAAACGGCCACAGUGAGGUCUGCCGCCUUCUCCUGGAUCACGGAGCAGAUGUCAAUCCCAGGGACAAAAAUGGAAGAACUGCUCUCAUGCUGGCCUGUGAGAUUGGCAGCUCUAACAUCGUGGAAGCCUUAAUUAAAAAGGGUGCCGACUUAAACCUUGUAGAUUCUCUUGGACACAAUGCCUUAUAUUAUUCCAAACUCUCAGAAAAUGCAGGAAUUCAAAGCCUUCUGUUAUCAAAAAUCUCUCAGGAUGCUGAUCUAAAGACAACAACAAAACCAAAGCAGCAUGAUCAAGUCUCUAAAAUAAGCUCAGAAAGAAGUGGAACUCCAAAAAAACGCAAAGCUCCACCACCUCCAAUCAGUCCUACCCAGUUGAGUGAUGUGUCUUCCCCACGAUCAAUAACUUCAACACCACUUUCUGGAAGGGAACCAGUAUUUUUUAUGGAACCGCCCUUCAAGCAGGCUGAGAUCAGUUCCAUCCGGGAAAACAAAGACAGACUAAGUGACAGCACUACAGGUGCUGAUAGCUUAUUGGAUAUAAGCUCUGAAGCCGACCAACAAGAUCUUCUUGUCCUAUUACAAGCAAAAGUUGCUUCCCUUACUUUACACAAUAAGGAGUUACAAGAUAAAUUACAGGCCAAAACACCCAAGGAGGCUGACACAGAUCCAAGCCUUGACUCUUACCAUUCUACCCAAACCGACUUGGCCCCAUGCCUGGGCACACCAAGUGAAACCUCUCCCCCAGGCUACAAAUCACCUCCACCUGCUUUAACACAGUCCUUGGGUAAAUCCACUACUGACAGUGAUGUCAGAAUUCAGCAAUUACAAGAGAUUUUGCAGGACUUGCAGAAGAGAUUGGAGAGCUCUGAAGCAGAAAAGAAACAGCUACAGACCGAGCUCCAGUCCAGAGGGACAGAGUUGGUGUGCUUCAACAACACAGAGAUUUCCGAGAACGGCUCCGACCUCAGCCAGAAACUUAAAGAAACACAGAGCAAGUAUGAGGAGGCCAUGAAAGAGGUCCUUAGUGUGCAGAAGCAGAUGACACUGGGCCUCGUCUCAUCAGAGGGUGUGGAGAGUUAUCCACAUCUCCAUGAGCUGAGGGUCACCGAGGAGGAAAUAGAUGUGCUAAAACAAGAUCUCCAGAAAGCAUUAGAAGAAAGUGAAAGAAAUAAAGAGAAAGUGAGAGAAUUAGAGGGAAAACUUGAAGAGAGAGAGAAAGAUGUGGUGAGUAAGCCACCUGCAGAAGAGUUCGAGGAAAUGAAAAGUUCGUAUUGCUCUGUUAUUGAGAAUAUGAAUAAGGAGAAAGCAUUUUUGCUUGGGAAAUACCAGGAGGCCCAAGAAGAGAUCAUGAAGUUGAAAGACACAUUGAAAAGUCAGACGGCACAGGAAGCCAGUGAUGAAACUGGGGACAUGAAAGAGGCCAUGAACAGGAUGAUUGAUGAACUCAAUAAACAGGUGAGCGAACUGUCACAGCUGUACAAAGAAGCCCAGGCUGAACUGGAGGACUAUAGGAAGAGGAAAUCUCUAGAAGAUGUCACGGCUGACUAUAUCCAUAAAGCGGAGCACGAGAAGCUGCUGCAAGUGACAGACAUAUCCAGGGCUAAAGCAGAAGAAGCACUGUCUGAAAUGAAGUCUCAGUAUUCAAAAGUAUUAAACGAGUUGACCCAGCUCAAACAACUGGUAGAUGCCCAAAAAGAGAACUCAGUUUCCAUCACAGAACAUUUGCAGGUGAUAACCACGCUGCGGACUACUGCAAAAGACAUGGAGGACAAAAUAAGCAGUCUUAAGGAACACCUUGCAAGGAAGGAAGUGGAAGUGGCCAAGCUGGAGAAACAACUCUUAGAAGAGAAAGCGGCAAUGACUGAUGCCAUGGUGCCCAGGUCUUCCUAUGAAAAGCUCAAGUUGUCUUUAGAGAGUGAAGUGAGUGUGUUGGCAUCGAAACUAAAGGAUUCUAUAAAAGAGAAAGAGAAGGCUCAUUCAGAGGCUGCCCAGAUUAGAAGUGAAGUCUCGCAGAUAAAAAGGGAAAAGGAAAAUAUUCAGACUCUCUUGAAAUCCAAAGAGCAAGAAGUAAAUGAGCUUCUGCAAAAAUUCCAGCAGUCUCAGGACGAACUUGCAGAAAUGAAGAGAUCUUCAGAGAGCUCUUCAAAACUGGAGGAGGAUAAAGAUAAGAAGAUAAAUGAGAUGGCAAAGGAAGUCACCAAAUUGAAGGAGGCCCUGAACAGCCUCUCCCAGCUCUCCUACUCGACGAGCUCCUCCAAGAGGCAGAGCCAGCAGCUGGAAGCACUGCAGCAGCAGGUCAAGCAGCUCCAGAACCAGCUGGCCGAAUGCAAGAAACAACACCAGGAGGUCAUAUCAGUUUACAGAAUGCAUCUCCUAUAUGCUGUGCAGGGCCAGAUGGAUGAAGAUGUUCAGAAAGUACUGAAGCAAAUUCUUACCAUGUGUAAAAACCAGUCACAGAAGAAGUAAAGUGGAGUCCUAGAAAGGACACUGUGCCCUUGUUGUCCAUUUUUGUGUUAGAUCCGGAGGUACUGGCAACCACUGCCAUUGUUCUCAUCCGUGGUAUGUGCUGUGACCUAGCGUAGCUUCUUCCCGUUCCAAAGGCUUCUGAGGACCGGUCCCCUGAGAAGACUGCCUUCCUUAGAACUGCCCAGAGUCUUCAAAACCAGCAGAGGUGAAAAGCCCUUCAGAUUCCAGAGCUGGGAUUAGUCAUGCCCAGAGAUCCAGGUGCUGAUGCUGGCAGGUAGUUACCCGCCUUGGCACUUGACCAGCUGAGUGGCUUUACUCUCAGCCAUGUGUUAGGCCUCCGUGCAGUGAAUGCUAUUCAAUCCCUAUACUCGGGGCUGUGCCCUUCAGCAUAGCUGGGCUCUUUUUGCCUUUGGCCUCCAAUCCCAAAACACAAUUUAAACUCUAACCAAAUUAGUAUGGCACUAGUUAUGAGGUGCAUGCCUGAUACCUUUUAUCAUGAUAUCCUGUGGAUUUAAUAACUCUAAUCCCAUCUUUUCCCCACUUCUACCUUAUAUAUCUCAUCACUUGCUCGUCAAACUCCUGGUUUGAUGGGCACUAAGAUAUGAAGUUUAAAAACAAGAGCAAAUCGUCCUUAAAAGUUUUAAGUCAACUGUUGACCUAUUACAAAUUUUCUAUGCAUACUUGCCUCCUGCUGUUAUCCGUGAAGCUCAGGAAAUCCAAACACUUGCAUUUCAACAAGGGAUUACAGUAAACUUUGUGUUUACAGCCAAAAGAAAUGCCUCAUAGUUUUUAACCUCACGUUUUUUAAAAGUGUUUUUUCUGUAUAUUUUUAUUGGCUCAUAAUGAUUUUUUCAUAUCUAGACCCCUAAAUAAGUGAAAUUUACACUAGUCUCUAUUAACAAAUAUUUUUUAGGUAACUGUACUUAGGACUUUUGAAAAAUAUAACUUUUUCCUCAAAGUUUUCAGCUAUAGCAAAAGGUAGUUAUGUAUUCCAGACUCAGUAUGAGCUGCCGCCAGUACCCCUAGGAAUUUCUGCCUUUGUGUCUUCAGGACUGCAGCGCGUAUCUGAAUAUCCUCAUCUUACCCACUGAAUAUUUUGGAAGGUUCCAGCCCUACCAGUGCCCAUAAAUUAUCUCUGGAAAAACUGUUAGUACCAACUAGUUUUUCAGCUUUGAAACGAAAAAUCCUGACAUGGUAUCAUUAUGGCGCACAGCAAAGGUCUUGGGGAACAACACUUCAGUUCACUUUAUUUUCAGGUUAAAAAUGUUUCUAACUUGCUUGCAGCUUCCCUUAUGGCUUUGAUCCUAUUGAGGGAGAUAAACCGAAUACAAAACUCUCCAAAGUGUAUAAACGUGUUAAGCUUCCUCUGAUGGGACCAUGCACCUUGGAGCUGCCUGGGCUCAGAGGGUGCUGGGCCGUGUUGGAUGCUGUGUUCUCCAUUGGAUGAAGACCAACAGCAAAGCAGAAUGGCUUUAAAGCUUGGUGUGUUGCUUUUCUUGAGUUGUUUAAUUACAGUUAAGCAGUUUCAAAAAUGCUCCAAAGAAAUGUGAAAAGACUUUUUUGUCACAGUACUUAAGACGACACAUAGCAAAACCUUCCCUGCCCCCGCACACAAAUGCUGCAGAGUAUAAAACUUGAGACAUUUUGUAGGAUACCUGAUAAAGUGUAGCCUUUUACCUUGAUUCAGGAUGCAUAUUUAUUACAAGUACUCUGGUUAAAUAUUGAAAAGUUAUAUGCUGUAGACUGUAGCAUUUGGUCUUUGUAAUUUACAGAAGUUUUUGCAGAAAAUAAACCUUUGUUUCAUUUUGCA